AUGAUGCGACGUGGCGGAUCGGUCGGGCCACCGGAUCCAUAUCAAAAGUGAGUCAUUGUGUUUACUUCAGGCCUGGUCGGAAUGGACCUUGUCGGAAGGUUCGGAAUGAGCACACUCGUUCCGAGUGGUCAGAUCGUAAUUCCGAAUUCCGAACUUCCAUUCCGACAUUUUUACCUCGGAAUUUCGGAAUUUUUCGGAAUGUUUCGGAAUGAUAUAAAACUUUAAAAAUUUGUCUUCAAAAGUUACAUUUUUCGAGAAUCACAAGAGAAAAAGAGAUUUUUUGAAAAUGACAGGUAAAAUUCAUCAAUUUUUCCAUUUUUUGUUGAAUUUUUUACUAAUUUCAGCUCAAACAUUCCGAAAAAUGCCGAAAUUCGGUAGAAAAAUUCCGAAUUUCGGAAGAGAAACACAUUCCGAAAUUGCAAAAAGUUUCGGAAGUAACAUCGGAAUGAUUCCGAUUCCGAGAAAAUAGAUUCCGAUUCCGAGACACGUUUGUCUCAUUCCGAAAAACCUGUCGGUUUCGGAAUUUCGGAAUUCCGAUAUUCCGAUUCCGAUCAGGCCUGGUUUACUUGACUGAGUAUCAAACGUGUACGCAGUCAAAUUUUAUUUCAAACACCCCCGGGGGGGUGCACAAAAAUAUUUAUUUGUGUACCUCUCUCUCAUCACUACAUAUAUGUAUUUUGAUAAGAUAACGCGAAAUUUGACUGCGUACCUUUUUGACUGAGUAUCUAAUGUGAAUUUUAAUUUUUACAGUCGGCCAUCACCAGGAGGAUUUUAUUAUUCGCGUGGAAGUGCCGGACAGCCCAGUCCGUCUCAUAGUCAAAAUUCACAACGAACCGCGCCGAUGAGUCAACCGAUAGGUGAGUGUAUGCGGCAAGCCUGCCGCGGAGUGCCGGAAGCUUCCGCGCUUUCCGCGCCGCUUCCCCCCCAACUUUUCGACCCCUUACUCUUUAUGGGUAUACGAAAAAUAUCAAAAUUGAAACGCCCAAAAUUGUUAAGGCUUCUCUCCUCUUAUCACUGGAAAAUUUUGCGUCGUAAAAAAUCGAAGCGAAAAAUUUUGUGUGUGUGUAUUGGCCCCGGCCUCCCAAAAAAUUAUCAAUUUCACUAUUGCUUGCCUGCAAAACCUUUCUUUUUCGCAGUUUAGUCCGUGAUUUGUAACUUUUUUUGUUAGCUUGAAUCCAUAGCGUCCUUAAGGUAACACUUUAUUUUUUAAGUGUUUUUAAAAAACUCGCGUCUCAGAGUUCAAAAGCCCCGUAUUAACUAUAUUUAACCCAAGGACCUUAGAAACCUAAGAAACAUCUUGAUCUUUGGUGCUUUUUGCCUUAUCUAUUUCAUAUUGCUGCUUAAGAACCUUAAGUUUCUCGUAGGGGACAAUAAGGGCAUCCUCCAACGAACAUAACUUAACCUGAAAGGGUCAUUUAACCACCCUAAGCUCCCUAAGAGCACUUAUGAGUGCAUACGGACCAUCUCAACCCAUCUUUCAUUCCAGUUCGACGUCAACAAGUCGGUCAGGAUUAUCAUCAUCAUCCACGUCAGUCUUCCGAACAAAUGACGCCAAGAUCGGAUAAUGGUCGUGUCGAAGAUGUCACUCCAUCAUACUACGUCGAACAUUUGGCGACUUUUGCAGUCGGCAGACAAUUUGGCCUAACUUUUCCAGCCGAUGGAAUUCGGAAGUUGAAACAAAUGGAGAAGAAUUCGGCAAUUUGGGCACAGCCGUUGAUUUUACGGUUGAGACAGAAUACGGUGACUGUUGAGGAUGAUAAUGGGGUGAGUUUUAUUGUUAGAGGAUUUUUUUGGGUUUAGGGUUUUCUUAAGGUCAUUAACGUUAAUUUAAGAUGAAGGAGUUCAAAUAAAAGCAUCAUGCCUUAAGAAUAUUAAAAAACGUUCAGAGUGCACCAUUAUUUGAUCUACAUUAUGGUCCUUAGAGUUUCUUUAAGAUCUCUAACCUUAAGUUAAGAUAAAUCCAGAAAUAUGGGUUUCGAAUUGAAGCUCUGAACCUUGAGAAUCUGAUACCGAGAAUUAUAGUCUACCUUAAUAUUGCCUUAGGGUCUUUAACCCUAAUUUAAGACAAUAUGAACUUCACAUUGAAGCUCAAGAUGACAAGAUCAGCAAAUAACCUUCAAAUCCAAAAAAUUUGCAGGAACUCGUCGAGCAAUUCCCCCUCGAGCUCAUCGAGCAACCCACCGCUCAUGUUAGCAACGAUCCACGCGACACCUACAACAACAUUCUGCUAUUCGUGGUGCGCGAAGAUCGCAAGCGACUCAGCACACCCACCGAAAUGCACAUUUUCCAAGUGAGUUUUGAACUUCCGGAGGCCUCUAUGUAUAGCUCUUCUUUUCAGUGCAUUCGUGUUGCGGCAACCGAAGUCGCGGAUGAUUUGCAAGCGUAUACACGCGGACAACAUCGACGCGUACGACCCGGAAGACGUACCAAUGCUCUGCCACAUCAACAACAACAACAACAACAGCCCGUGUAUCAUCAACAGCAACGUGAGUUUGGAUCGUUUUUUGACCAAAGAUUAGUUUAUCGAUUCGAAAUUUUGCUCUUAUCAACACAGCACAGCAUUUUGAGCAAACACUUUUGCUCGAGCCCAAAUUCUUCUUCUUCUCCUUGUUUUGUGUGUAUACACACCCAAAUACAAACAAAAAUAUAUGUAUGUAUACGAAAAUAAGUUGCAAAGGGACAAAAAAACAAAACAAAUCGAUAAUUCAUGACUCAUGUUAACCGAAGAUUAGAAAAGUUUCAAAAAUUCCAUAGAUAAGGCAUAUUAUGGUUAUCAAGAAGAAACUUUCUUCGUCUCAUAAAAUCGCAAUAUUCAUUUCAGAAAUGCCGUAUUAUGCGGGUGGCGGUGACGAUGCGAGCAUCUCCAGCGAAACUUCGGAAAUGUUCGAACGCGAUGUGAACACGUUGAAUCGAUGUUUUGAUGAUAUUGAGAAGUUUGUGGCGAGGAUUCAAUCGGCCGCUUUGGCGCAAAGGGAAAUUGAACAACAGGUGAGAGACAUCAGACAACUAGAGUGUUAGAGAGGCAGAGGAGCCAGGCGAUUAGAUAUCACUAUAUAGUUAAAGACACAGACAGCUAUUUUGACAGCUGGAAAACUAGAGAUGCAGAGAAGCUAGACUAUUAGAUGUCACUGUAGAGUUACUCAGAAAUUUUUUUGUAGCGGGACAGAAUUUUUUUUGGCACAUUGUUCGAAUACUGUCUAAAUUUUGUGCAGGUGAUGACGUCAUGGCCUGCAUACAAUAUAGACAGUACUCAAACAAUGUGCCUGAAAAAUUCUGUCCCGGUACAAAAAAAUCCUGAGUAGAGACGCAAAGAAAUCAGACAAAUAGAAUAUUAGUGACGUAGAGAACAUAGACAAAUAGAAUGUUAGAGACGCAGAGGACCCAGCGAUUAGAUAUCACAAUAUAGUUAGAGACACAGAUGUAGAGAAGCUAGACAAUUAGAUAAACUAUAAAGUCAGAGACGUAGAGAAACUAGACAGCUAGAGGGUUAUAGACGCAGAGAAAAGAGACAGCUAGAAAAUCACUCCCAAAUCUCCCAUAUUUUGCAGAACUACCGCUACCGCACCGCAAAUCGUCGCGACAAGAAAAAUCAACAACAACCCGAUCCGAACGGAAUUCUCUUCAUGCGAGCCCAACUUCCCAUCGAAUCUGAAUUCGUCGACAUUCUCAAAAAGUUCAAGCUCAGUUUCAACCUUCUCGCCAAACUCAAAAACCAUAUCCACGAGCCGAACGCUCCCGAACUCCUUCAUUUCCUCUUCACUCCACUGUCGGUGAUCCUUGAGGCGUGUCAUUGGGGCCUAGGCCGCAACAUCGGGCCAACUGUCGUCUCACCUUUGCUGUCUUUGGAGGCCCGAGAGCUGAUGCAAAACUGUCUAACCAGUCGCGAAUCGGAUGUUUGGAUGAGUUUGGGUGAACCGUGGCGAACACCACCAGAGGAUUGGACCGGCCCACUUCCCGCCCCAUUUAGGCCUGUAUUCAGUGAUGGAUUUGCGCCGUAUGGUGUUGUUGAGAGGGCUGCACCUGGGCCGAUUGGCGGGCCUUUGCAUCGCGGACAAUCCGCACCGCCUGAGCAUUAUCGAGGCGGUGCACGUGAAAGAUCCGGAGUAGAUACGGUAAGUAUUGGUGGUUCCCUUGGCAUGUCUCUCCGUCUCUACCCUUCCCUCUGUCUGUCUGCGUCUCUCUAUCCUAUCCUGUCUCAUCUUUUCCCUCCAGGCACCCUCGACACCAACGCAUGGCCGAACUCCACGUCAAACUCGUCCCCCGCAACGAAACCUGAGUGUUGAUAAUGUUCGGACUUUCUAGAUUUAAUUUUGAAAAAAAAUUUUUUUUUUGCAGCUCGAAUUCGAUCGAUUAACUCUGGAACGUGAGCGUCUGGAAUUCGAGAAAGCGAAAAUUUUGGAGCGUGAAAAUCGUGUGCGAGCUGAAGAGAAGCAGAUUGAGUGAGUUUUGAACGGGGAAACUUUUUGACGGCGGGUUUUUAAUUACAAAUUUCUUAUACAGGGAUGAGAAGCGCCGCCUGAACGCCGAAAAAGAGUUGAUCAAAAAGGAGACGCAUAUUGUGGAGGAUAUUCCGCCGAUUUCGAAACGAUAUGAUCCGUAAGUCAAAAUUCAAAGUCGGGGACUAGCAUUUGAACCCUAGCUUUCUAGUCCCCGAGUUUCAUAGAACUUAUUGGCUAUGAAAAAAGUCGAGGACUAGACUUCCAAUAAAAGUCCCUCAAUUUCCAGCCCAAUCUCCUCCUCGCCAGCCCCAAUUCCACGUUCCUACCAACACGUCAAAGUCAACGUCGACUCCGACACAUCGCCACGUCAGCAAGCGUUCAUCGAUGACGUCAUCGGACGUGGCGGCAAAUUGGCCAUAGUGACGUAUGAUCGAAGCGGACAAAAUGCCAAAGAAUUGACGGUGCACAAAGGCGAAUAUUUGGAAGUGUUGUAUGAUGUGAAGAAUUGGUGGGAAUGUAAAAAUAUGCAUCAACGAGUCGGAUAUGUGCCACACACUAUUUUGUCGAUGGUCCCGUUGGAACAACAACAGUAUGCUGUGAGUUUUUUGGGAUUUUUGAGUUCCUGAGGUCUAGAGCUUUCGAUAGACACCCAUAUUGCCUAGUUUCACUAAAAUGUUUGGGGCUCUAGGGACCCGCAACACCUUAAGGUCCCUAAGACGAACCUUAGGCAAUAUGGGUGUCCAUCGAAAGCUCAAGAAUCCGAAAAUCUAAUUUAUGUUAACUCUUUCAGUCACCCAACCUCUCCACCAACAACUACCCACCAGCACCUCUCAACGGCCAUCACCACCAAAAUCAUCAACAAGCCGCAGGUAUGCUGUUACCCGAAGACGCACCCGCUUACGUCAAAGAACGACAAGGAAAACGCGGAGAGUUCCGCUAUUUCUAGACCCCCCUUUUUUCAAUUUUCACCCCCCAAAAAGUGCCAUUUAGCUCAAUUCUUUUCUGUGUUUCGUGUGCUCAAACUCUCUCUUAUUUUUUCAGUUUGUCCUCCCCCUUUUUGAUGUAAUUUAUAUACUCUAUCUAUAUUUGCAUGACUCAUAUCAAUCCCCCCAAAAAAUCCAAUCUUUUCAGUUGUGAUAUUUAACUUAAUUAAAAUUUAAUUUAUGAUAUUUUAUAUUUUUUUGUGAUACCACCUAUUUUAGAUGAGAAAUAUUAAUUGUUUUUUAAUGAAAAAUUUUGCAAAUUUUCCACACUUUGUCACCUUUGUUUCCUUUGUGCGCAAAUUUCGCGCCCACACCCAAAACAUUACAGUUCGCCGUACACCAACCUACGUUUCCGACGCUGGUGUUCAAGUCUCCACCAUCGCGCCAGUGAUCCAAGCGCCACCAGCUCCAUCAAUGGAGGACAUGUUGCGAGCACAAAAGUUGCGUCAACGCGAAAUCAUCGCUACUCCGCAAGUCGCACCGGCUCCGCGUCCCGCUUUGGAAGUGUCGCGACGUCGCGAAAACCCGGCACUUGUCGGCGAGUUGAGCGAGACAUUGAGUCGCAAUCAGGGUGAGAUUUUGAUGUCGCGAAGAUCGCCGGCGACAACCGCGCGAGUCGCCAUCAAUGAAAAGUCUUCGCCAGAAGACGUGACAAGAUGGUUGCAGGAAAAAGGAUUCUCGCCAAGGUACAGACAGUACUCCUACAGUAACCCUGUACCUUUAAACUCAUUUUUUCAGAGUUAUUGAUCUACUAGAUGGUCAAGAUGGCGCAAAUCUGUUCUCACUUCAAAAAUUGCACCUUCAACAAGCUUGUGGACGCGACGAGGGAAGCUAUCUGUACAGCCAACUUUUGGUGCAGAAAAAGAGGAGCGGAGUGAGUUUUUGACGUCCCUACCCCAGCAUCUCAUAUAAUUUCAGUACCGUACUCACACUGGCGAUGAGCUCAAAGCCAUUCUUCAUCAACGCAAAAACCACGUGGAACUCUCCAACGAGACUCCGGCCGACGAGCCGACUUUUAGUGUGAAUCAUUAG